AAUCGAGCGGCUGCAAACAGCGCGCCAAAAGGGAGGCUGACUGACUGACUGACUGAGUAUAAGGAGCUAAAGCCGGCUGGAUUCGUAAAGCGAGACGUCAUGCCCCCCGCGAUGGAGUUGGUGGCUGUAAGCUGCAGCUCCAAUUCUGCAUUUUCGUCCAUACCUCCUCUUCAUCAUAAUAAGGCGCGGCUAAGUGAUUUUCUUCCCGUUACUGCUUUGGGAACUCGACUGCGCAGGAUUUCUCUGUUUUGUACAAGUUCAAUUUACUAUUCUUUAGUUUAUAGGAGCGGGUUCUCUUGUCAACCGUUGAGAAGACUUCACAAAGGAACUAGAUCGCAUUGUGGUUUGAGAAGCUCUGACACUAGUGGUCUUCUUUGGAAAGGUUUUAAUAAACAUGUCCCUGUUCUUUUCGUUCGUAUUGUGGUGGGAAUGGUGCUGAUCAUGACUGUUUCCUUUGCUGUUAACAGGACUCCCUCAUGGUCACUUACCGAAGAAAAUCUGCUUUUCUUGGAGGCAUGGAGAACAAUUGACCGUGCAUAUGUCGAUAAAAACUUCAAUGGCCAGAACUGGUUCAAAUACAGAGAGAAUGCAUUAAGGAAUGAACCAAUGAACUCCAGAGAAGAGACUUAUAUAGCCAUAAAAAAGAUGCUUGCAACUCUAGAUGAUCCCUUCACGAGAUUCCUGGAACCUGAGAAGUUCAAAAGCUUGCGGUCAGGUACACAAAAUGCACUUACGGGUGUAGGGCUGUCUAUUGGUUAUCCUACUGGAGCGGACGAUUCCACUACUGGACUGGUAGUGAUUUCAACUUCUCCUGGCGGUCCUGCUAAAAAGGCUGGCAUUUUAAGUGGCGAUGUUAUCCUAAAUAUUGAUGAUAAUAGUACAGAUUCCAUGACCAUAUAUGAUGCAGCCGAUCGCUUGCAGGGGCCUGAAGGUAGCGUUGUGGAACUUACUAUUUCUAGUGGCCCUCAAAUAAAGAAACUAUCCUUAACGAGAGAGAAGAUUGCACUGAAUCCAGUGCAAUCCAAAUUCUGUGAGAUUCCUGGUCGAGGAAAUGGUUCUUCUAGAGUAGGAUAUAUCAAACUCACGACAUUCAACAAAAAUGCUUCGGUUGCUGUGAAGGAAGCAAUUGAAGCACUAAGAAGGAACAACAUUGAUUCUUUUGUCCUGGACCUUCGAGAUAAUAGUGGUGGUCUUUUUCCAGAAGGAAUCGAGAUUGCAAAAAUUUGGUUGGAUAAAGGUGUUAUUGUAUAUAUUUGUGAUAGCAAAGGUGUUCGUGACAUUUACGACACUGAUGGAAGCAAUGCAUUGGCUGCCACUGAGCCACUUGUUGUGUUGGUUAACAAGGGAACUGCUAGUGCAAGUGAAAUCUUAGCUGGUGCAUUGAAGGACAAUAAACGCGCGGUUCUGUUUGGGGAGCCUACUUAUGGGAAAGGCAAGAUUCAGUCGGUUUUCCAGCUUUCAGAUGGAUCUGGCUUGGCUGUAACUGUUGCUCGUUAUGAAACUCCUGCUCAUACCGAUAUUAAUAAGGUGGGUGUAGUUCCAGAUCAUCCGCUGCCUGCUUCAUUUCCAAAGGAUAACUGGGAUAUCUGCAGCUGCCUUCAGGAUCCAACAUCCAACUGUUACCUCAACAAAGCUGAGCUUUUCUCAAGAAGAUGAACAAGACCUGUCUGUCUGUAAUGUUUAACAAUGUCUGUCUUUGUAUUAUGUAGAUUCAAACCCUUUAUUGAAUUGUUGUAACUUUGUUUUUAUGUAACGAAAACAGUCAGCUUAAAAAUUGAUUUUGUAUUCA